UAGUUACCACUGAAAUUUCUGAUAUGAAUGUGGUAUUGAUUGUAGAAUCUUGUUUUUACGCUAAAGAAAUGACAAGCAUAUCUGGUUAUCGCAGGCAAGUUACUAGGAUAUGAUGUUGCAGUGAAAAGACUUUCUAGAUUAUCCGGACAAGGAAUAGAGGAAUUCAAAAACGAGGUUCAAUUAAUUUCCAAGCUCCAACAUCGAAAUCUUGUCAGGCUUUUGGGUUAUUGCAUUCAACCAGAAGAAAAGAUAUUAAUCUAUGAGUACAUGCACAACAACAGCUUGGAUUCCUUCAUUUUUGGUUUGUCAAUAUUUUUGGGUCAUCUAUGUACAUCUUUUUCUUUGACUUUUAUCUUUUGUCCAUAUGAUUUGAUUGAUGCACAACUGGUGCAGAUACAUCCAAGGGAACUAUACUAGAUUGGAGAAAGCAUGUAAACAUAAUUGAAGGGAUUGGUCAGGUCUUCUCUAUCUUCACAAAUACUCUAAGAAUUAUUCAUCGGGAUCUCAAAGUCAGCAAUGUAUUGUUGGACAAUUACAUGAACCCCAAAAUAUCAGAUUUUGGCAUGACAAGAAUUUUGAAUGAAAAUAAUUCACGAGAAAAAACAAAGAGGGUUGUUAGAACAUAGUAAGUGAUUCGUAUUUAUUUGAUCAUGCACUGCACGAACAUUCACACAAGUACAAGCCCAAAUUCAUUUAUACAUGUGUGGCAUGGUUACCAUAACACUCAUAAGCAUUUUCUUCAUAUUUUAAUAUAAGCACUUUCUUCAUAUUUUAACAUACUUCUUGAAAAUACUGGGAACUAGUGGUUAUAUGUCUCCAGAGUAUGCAGUUCACGGCAUUUUCUCUAUUUAGCUUUGGAGUCAUUAUGCUAGAGGUCAUAAGUGGCAGGAAGAACACUACCUUUUAUGAAUCGGACCGCUCUUCAAAUUUGCUAGGAUAUGGUUAUGAUCUGGGGAAAGAAGGUCGUUGCCUGGAAUUGAUGGAUCCAACUCUUGCUGAUUCAGAUCUGGUGGAUGAACUUAUGGAAUGCAUUCAGGUUGCUCUGUUAUGCAUCCAAGAAAGUGCAAAAGAUCGGCCAACCAUGUCGGGUGUUGUUUCAAUGCUUAGCAGUGAAAGAACAAGUUUACCUAUGCCAAAACAGCUUGCCUUUUCUACACACUUAAAUUGUGAUGGAUGUUGAUUCACCCGGAAGAGGGCGAAAACCAUGUUCCAAUGACACGACAUUUUCUGGAGUUGAAGCACGAUAAUAGCUCUACCAAAUUUCUAUGGCAUACGGGGAAGAGAACACUGUCAAAUUGUAUAAUAUUGUUUACAAACUACUAGUAUUUUAUUUGUGUUUAUAGGAGACAUUUCUUAAUUUUUUAAUCAGUUUUGUCUAGCGAUAAAAUUUUGUAAUAGUCUUUAAAGCGUACAAUGGUGUGGAAAAAAGGA